AUGGUUAGAUACACUAUCGAGGAACUUUUGCAAUUGAAACCAAGUGAAACGCUCACUGCUAAUUUCGAUGGCGCGGAAUUCAGGGCCAUGAUUGAAAAAGUGAAGCAACUGCAAGCUAUCAAGGAGGAAGAGUACAUUGCUCAACAUGGUGGUCACUUUGCUCGUAGAAGAUCGUCUCACCAUCAUGGUAAACCAAAGAUCAAGCAUACUAAACCAAAGGUUACCACAGACUCCGAUGGUUGGUGUACUUUUGAAGCCAAAAAGAAGGGCAGUGGUGACGAAGAAGAAGAAGAUAGUGGCAAGGAGACUGCUCCCGUACAGAUUGCCCAAGAAACCUUGAAGGUUAAACCAAACAAGAACAUUACAUCUUCGAGACCAGCGGAUUCAAAGGAUAUCGUCGCGGAUAAGCCAACGUUAAGCUUUAAUGCAUUUGCAGCACUCGAGAGUGAGGAUGAGGAUGAGGACGAGGACGAAGAAUAG